AUGUCUCCUCCAGUAUCUCUUAACAACUACAGUCAUGUUCAUAAAAUUUCGGUCUCAUCGCCUUUCUACGUGUCAGAUGAUUCAUGGCCAAUUCUGGAAGAUAACAGCAUCUUUCUAGCUAUGGAUCAAAUAUUGAGUGAUUUUGAUGCCGAUAUAUUUCAGCAAGAAAAUUCUUCAGUGUCUAAAAGUGGAUUUGAUGAAAUGCUGCCAAAAAAUAACGUUUCGUCAGUCUCGCAUGGAGCUUCAGCUAAUCCAUGUUCAGUCCAAGAAGAGAGUAUACUACUUACUAAAGAAAACACAAGUAAUUUUGAGUUUAAUUCAUUUCUUGAGAAGGAAAAUUCUUCACUAAUUCUCGAGGCUCUUGAAAGUUUAUGCCCAAUUUUAGAAGAAGGACGUCUUUUGUCAUCUAAUUUUGAGGAUUUGGAUCCGAACAUAUUUCUUGAGCAAGAAAGUUUACCUUUUGAGCCAUGCAAUUAUGGAGAACUACAAGGGCAAAGUCUCAACAAUUGCAAUGAGGGCAAUUUGUCCAACUGUUUUGAAGCUUCUGAUAAUUCCUUGCAACUUCUUGAUCAACAAGAAACUUCAGCAGUGGCCUCCCCCAACAUUGAUAAAAGAUUACUCGAAGAUCAACAAGUCAUCGGUAAGAGAAAGGAGAGGAAGCAUAAGUUGAAACGCGUACAAAUUGAUCAAGUAAAGGUUAUGCAACUCAAUGAAGAAGAUGGGCAAAUUAAUCAAGAAAAGGUUGUGCAACUCAAUGAAGAAGAUGGGCCAAUUUCAAAGAGGCAAGAGCAUAAUGAAAAGGAGAAAGCGCGAAGGAUGAUGCUCAAUACUUCUUACUUAGCCCUUGGAGCAUUGCUACCAGCUGAUUCUCGAAGAAAAAAGAAGAGAAGAAGUGCACCAGUAAUAAUGGAUAGAGUUCUUCAAUACAUUCCGGAGCUAGAAAUUGAAAUAGAGAAGCUAACUCUUAGGAAGAAAAAAUUGCACUCAAAAACUGAAAACGAGCAAAAUCCUUGUCAAACUCCACAAUUAGAACUUGAAGCUCCAACGGUUUCAGUACACGAGGUUGUAAAAGGUGAAGUGAUUGUACAGAUUACAUUGAUUCUUAAGGAUCAUGAUACCAAUUUCUCAAAACUAUUGGAGAAUCUAGAAGAAGAAGGUAGGAGCAUUAUGAGUGCCUCAACUCUUCAAGUUUGUAAGGAAAGAGUCUGCUACAAUAUGCAUAUACAGAUGAAUGGAAGUUCACUUGCAGAUGACUAUGUUGCCGUUUUAAGAGAAAAGAUAGUGUCAUUGUUAAGUUAAUACCUUUA